AACAACGACCGAUACUACAUAAGACUUUCUCAUUUUAUUACAUAGAGGGAGAAAGAAAGGAAAAAGAAGAAGAAGAAAUAAACAGAAAGAAAGAAGGAAAGAAAAGGCACUAAACAACAUGUAGAAGAAACCUACAACAAAACACAACACAUAAACGAAUACAAACUCAGCACUCUCUUGCUUCUUUCUAUAUAUAAAUAUAGUCUUUCCCUUUCUGGGUCUUUGUGUUUUUUAUUUCUUGUUUUGUGUGGCCCCAGAUCUUGAUUAGCCAAUAAGGAGGUGAAAGAUUUGAUCUUUUUGAAUCCAGUUUUUGAAUAGAUUGACAUGAUUUAAGAUCUGGUUCUUCUCUGUUCAGCUUUAUCAGAUUUUUCUCACUCUGUUGGGGACUCGCUGCUUGCUUUAAAGUCCUAAUUCCUUGUUUGAGAGAGAGUGGUGAAAUGUGGCUGUGAGGAAAGGGAUGCAUCAUUAGGAGUUUCUUUUCAGAUGUGCUUGUAGUAGAUGAAGACACCUCAAUUGUGGCGUCUAGGCAUGGGUGAUGUGCAGAUCUUGCAUGGAGCUCGCCACCGCCCUCCUUUGAAGAGGCCAAUGUGGAUUAUAAUUUUGGUUUCAAUGGUCAGCCUGUUUCUAGUCUGUGCUUAUAUCUAUCCACCACAAAGCAGUAGCGCUUGUUAUGUAUUUUCUUCGAGAGGUUGCAAGGUUCUAACAGACUGGCUUCCACCUGCUCCUACAAGGGAAUUUACGGAUGAAGAAAUUGCUUCUCGUAUUGUGGUUAGGGAAAUUUUGAAUACACCUUCUAUUCCUACAAAAAAAGCUAAAAUUGCUUUUAUGUUUUUGACUACCAGUUUGUUACCUUUCGAGAAACUCUGGGACAAAUUUUUCUCUGGCCAUGAGGACAGAUUCUCUGUUUAUGUGCAUGCAUCCAAGGAAAAACCAGUUCAUGUGAGCCGUUACUUUGUUGAUCGAGAUGUACGCAGCGACCAGGUGAUAUGGGGACAAAUUUCAAUGAUUGAUGCAGAGAGACGCCUAUUGGCAAAUGCUCUUGGAGAUCCUGAUAACCAACACUUUGUGUUACUUUCUGAUAGUUGCGUGCCAUUGUACAAGUUUGACCACAUCUACAACUAUCUGAUGUACUCGAACAUGAGCUAUCUUGAUUGCUUUUAUGAUCCUGGUCCACAUGGGAAUGGUAGGUAUUCAGAGCACAUGUUACCUGAAAUUGAGUUGAAAGACUUUAGAAAGGGUGCACAGUGGUUCUCAAUGAAGCGACAACAUGCUGUGAUAGUUAUGGCUGACAGCCUUUACUACACCAAAUUCCGCGAUUACUGCAAGCCUGGUUUGGAAGGGAAAAAUUGCAUUGCCGAUGAACAUUAUUUGCCAACAUUUUUCCAUAUAGUUGAUCCUGGUGGAAUAGCAAACUGGUCUGUAACACAUGUUGACUGGUCUGAGAGAAAGUGGCAUCCAAAAUUGUAUAGGACUCAGGAUGUUACUUCUGAACUUCUGAAGAAUAUUACGUCAAUCGAUUUGAGUAUUCAUGUGACAAGUGAUGAAAAGAGGGAUGUGCAGGUGCAACCUUGCCUAUGGAAUGGUACCACACGGCCGUGUUACUUGUUUGCGAGGAAAUUCCACCCUGAAACUACCGAUAAUUUGUUGAAGCUUUUCUCCAAUUACACAUCACUUUGAGUGAGAUAGUUUUGACACAUAAAUUCUUUGAUCGAAUCUGCAGUUGCUCUCGACCACCCACUCCCAUCUCGGUUUCUCAUUAAAUCUUACAAGUUACAAAUUUGUAAAUGCUGUGACAUUGAGGUGUGAAUCCUCCGUUCCCCUAGCACAAUUCUUGUGUGCAAGGGCAACUUUGAGAGCAGUUAGGGAUGACUUAGAUGGGUUGGAGGCUAACAGAGUUAGUUAGUGUUGCUUCCACUGGAGUGGGUGAUUUAUUAUCCAUUUUUUCCCUUCAUUUUGGGCCAUUAAUGUUCUCCUUUGGUAUAGUGAAUUUUGGGGAAUUUAUUUUAGUUCGUUUGAUGGUUGGAUAUUUUGUAAAAACUGACUAAAAAAUAUGAAGUCGCAAUUACAAAACUUGGUACAACUCUUUUGAAAA